CUUCUCUCAAUCGUCGCCGGAUCCACUAUCGUUACACUCUGUCAGACAUGCGGUUGUCGGAGUCGAACACGCUCAACACAUGAAUAGACCCAGCCGAGAAGAGUAUAUAUCCUGGUAGACUCGACGUGUUGAGCGUUCCCCCGAUCGUUGAGCCUGAGGCGUUUCCCCUCCAUGAUAUCGGCCAUCGUGUGCACUCUCAUUGCUCUGCUUGCAUGGAGACUAGUCCGCGCUCUCACCCCCAAGUCUCCUCUGGAUAUCGUACCAGGGCCCAUCGCGACAUCGUUUCUCACCGGUCAUCUUUCUCAGAUAACCGAUACGCAAAGCUGGGAUUUCCACUCCCACAUCGCGGAGAAGUAUGGGCCAAUCGUGAAGUUACGCGGCCUGCUCGGGAAACCAAUGCUGUACAUCUUCGAUCCUUUGUCCCUUCAGCAUAUACUGAAGGAUAACACCCUAUACGACGAGCCGCCAUGGUAUCUGCAGAGUAACUGCAUCCUGCUCGGCCCUGGACUUCCAUGCGUCACAGGCGAAACACACCGGAAGCAAAGGAAGAUGCUCACACCUAUCUUCGCUCCCAAGCAUCUCCGCAGCCUUGUCCCCGUGUUUUAUGGAGUGACGCACAAGCUGGUGAGCGCGAUAUCGACCCGCGUCGGAGAAGAUCCGCAAGCGGUCGACGUACUCGGAUGGAUGGGGCGAGCGGCUCUGGAGCUCAUCGGACAGAGCGGACUCGGGUACUCGUUCGACCCGCUCACGGAGGACGUGCAGGAUGCGUACGGGGAUGCUGUGAAGAGCUACUCGCCUGUCGCAACCUGCGCGGAGAUGAUGCUGUUGCGCCAACUGACACCGUUCGUGGGCUUCCUUGGCCCGUCGUGGUUACGUCGAUGGCUCGUAGAGAUACUGCCGAUCCCUUCUGUCCAGGAGUUGAUCCGCAUCUGUGACACCAUGCGUGCCAAGUCGAGCGAGAUUCUUCAAGCAAAGAAAGCUGCUGUCGACACGCAUGGAGCUGAUCACAAAGACAUCAUCAGCGUUCUGUUGAAGGCCAAUAUGGAGGUGCCAGUCGGAGAACGCCUCCCAGAUGAAGAGGUGUCAGGACAGAUGUCCUCGAUCCUCUUCGCAGCGAUGGACACGACGUCGACUGCUUUGUCUCGUAUACUUCACUUGCUUGCGCAACAUCAGGAAGUACAGGAGAAAGCUCGGCUAGAGGUCAUAGAAGCACGUACAGCUGCUGGAGGAGACCUCGAUUAUGACCAGCUGCACGCGUUGCCGUAUCUCGACGCGGUAUGUCGGGAGACGCUCAGGCUAUAUCCUCCUGCGCCGCAGACCUUUCGGGGGACCACGAAGGACGCCGUCCUACCUCUCUCACAGCCCAUCCACGGUACUGACGGAUCGGUCGUAAGCGACCUCGUCAUUCCCCGCGGUACAGACAUCGUCAUCGGGAUGAUGGCGUGCAAUCGCUCCAAGGCGCUCUGGGGAGACGAUGCGUACGAGUGGAAGCCGGAACGCUGGCUUGGUCCCCUUCCAGAGACAGUGGAGAGGGCAGCGAUCCCCGGGGUAUAUUCUCACCUGAUGACAUUUUUGGGCGGCGGGCGAUCGUGCAUCGGGUUCACUUUCUCGCAGCUCGAGAUGAAGGUGGUCUUGUCCGAGCUGCUCGGGAACUUCGUUUUCGAGCCUUCCGACAGGCCCGUUUUCUGGAACAUCUCCGGAGUCACGUAUCCGAGCACCAGUAUAGGAAGCACAAAAUCAGAAUUGUGGUUGAACGUUAAGAGACGUUAG